UUGUGACAAACGCGUCGCCGCUGCCGUUGGAGACUCCAUGGACCAUGAUCCAGCAGACCCAGGCGUCCAGCGCAAUCGAAGAUCCUUCACACACACACACAUACAAUGGCGGAUACACCGGCCACCGAUAGGGCAGAGAAACGACGCCGCCGGCAGGGCGCAAAGGCUCUCAAUCCCGCAGCCGCGCCAACGCCGGCAGACGCCCCAGAACCCGCCGCAAGGCGAAACGGCUGGCCCGUUCCGAACCCUUUCUCAGUUCUUUUCUUCGUUUUUCUCGUCUCCUAUCUUGUUUGGAAGAUAAAGAAGGAGUACGCAGAAGACGACAUCUUCAGAACGACGCAAUCGACAUCGGCGGAAGCCGCCCCGUCAGCGGCUGUCACGACGCCAGGCGCUCCCAUUCUGACCGACCGUAUCGUCGCAAUCGGAGAUCUGCACGGCGACUACCCAAACGCACUCUCCGUCUUUCAAAUGGCGGGUCUAGCAGACACAGAUGGGAACUGGGUAGGCAACAAAUCCAUCCUCGUGCAGACGGGUGACAUCGUCGAUCGCGGGCCGGACACGAUGAAGUUGUACGUCUUCAUCCGCCGACUGACGAAGCAGGCCGCUGAGGCUGGCGGGAGGGUCGUGCCGCUGUUGGGGAACCAUGAGGUGAUGAAUAUGAUGGAGGAUUUCAGAUAUGUAGCGAACGAGGACGUGGAGAGCUUUGGAGGCAUGCCUCAGAGGAAAGAGGCGUGGAGCAAGGAUGGAUGGCUGGGGAGGUAUUUGCGGACGUGGGAUAUCACAGCUAUCGUCAACGGGACAGUGUUCCUUCACGGCGGUCUCCAUCCCACAUGGGCCGCACAAGGGAUUGACGCCCUCAACAAAGCCGCCCGAACAGCUCUUACCACUAGAACCCCACAUGAGCUCUGGGGCGUGAAGCUAUUUCAAGGCGACGGGCCGCUUUGGUACCGCGGGUACGCUAACGACGAUGAGAAGGUGGUCUGCGACACGCUUGAUACCGCUUUGGGCAUGGUCAAUGCCACGCGGAUGGUCAUCGGCCACACACCACAACUAACAGGGGAGAUCCUUUCACGGUGUAACAACAAGGUCCACGUUGUCGAUGUUGGGAUCUCGAGCGUGUAUGGAGGAAACAAGGCGGCGCUGGAGAUCUCCGGCAAUCGUGUGGUUGCGAUCUAUCCCGGAAAGCGGGUCCUGAUUACUGAUGAGGAAUGAGCGGGAUUGAAAGAAUUUGAAGGGCGAUUUCUGUAUAUGGUUGAGGACGAUCUCAUGUAGCGUGA